UGGUCCGCGUUAGGGGAGGGUUUGGCCAGGGUAGGCCGUCAUUGUAAAAAAUAAUUUGUUCUUAACUGACUUGCCUAGUUAAAUAACAUUGAGUUAUCGAUUACGUGGGAGAGAAACAUAAACAAGUGGAACUUCACCCAAGAGACUGGAGUUGAGCAUAAUGAAUGGAGAGGGCUUGAGGUGCUGACAUUAUGUUAGAUCAUCUGAUACACUGGCGCAGGCUUAUUAGAUUCAUUCCCCUCUGAAAGUGAGUGAAGCAGGGAAACCCAGAGGACAGACCUACAGGCUCGUCAUAUCAAAAUUCUCCACCUCCUCUCUAUAGCGUCAGUCUUUCUAUUAGAACUACAUCACUCCCUCAGAUGUAGGAGCCACAGGGUCAACAUGUGAGUGAAUGUUACAUGCCCAUAGAUGUACAUAGAAGUUGAAGUCACUGCAAAAUAACCGUAUGAACAUAUUAGGUAUCUGAGUAUACCAAAGCUCCAACAGUGGUGUAAACAGAAAGGUAAUGUUUUGAGGCUGGAACCCCCACCCCCUGUUUAUACUGUAGCUCAGGGGUUGCUUAGCAGUUUCUGUGGUGAAUGUACAUGCUGUCCCUGCACAUAGCAGAGCAAUACGAUUACUAUGGAGAGGACAAAGAGCACCAGUAUAUGACAAGACUGCAGAGGCCAAUCACUGAAUAAACCCCAUCGUUGCUGUUGCCGGAUUCAUCCACCAACUACUUGCCAUUUGCGCUAUAAAUACAAUUCGAGUUAUCCUCUGCAGGUCCCAUGGCAACAGAGGAGCAACACCACUGUUCCAACCAUGCCUAUCAACUCAUCCCAUGGAUAACACUUACUGCUUGAUAGGUGCUAGAAUGGAUCAGCUGGGUAUAUAAAUGUUGUGAGUGAUGCUGAUUUGUCCAGGGCAAUCCAUCCCACUAUGAGGCAGCCUUCCUGAACUCUUUGGGGGAAAAUAUAGCUGCUCUUUUGUAUGGCGAGUCUAAGUCAUUAAGCCGGACUUAGCCAUUGUAAUUAAAUAGAGAUUGAAUAACAUUAGCUAGCCAAGGGGAAACUAAGAGAGGAGACAGGUUCCACCCCCCAGUACCACUCUCAGAAGGUGAUUCAGAAGACCAUGGCUGACCACAACAAGGUAUUACCACGUCCUCUUUUCCGCCGAGAUGUAAAUUGGGAUCCUUUCCGUGAGUGGACACAGCCUAGCCACAUGAUCAUGGAGAAGGACUUUGGCCUCCCUCCUUUCCUGGAUCCAGGCAAUGUGAGCUGGAUAGAUUGGGCUAGGAAUACAUUGGCAUCAUCCUCCUGGCCAGGGUACACACGCUAUCCCCUCUUCAGCCUCAGCACUGUUCUCCCUGCUGCAGUGGCACCCCAGACUUCAGCCAGGCUUCAGAGGCAACUGUCUGGAGGAGUGUCAGAGAUCAGGACGGGACAGGGCAGUUGGAGGAUCACCCUGGAUGUUAAUCACUUCUCACCAGAGGAGAUAUCAAUCAAAACCAAGGGGGGCUUCCUGGAGAUUGCAGGUCAACAUGAUGAAAGGGAAGACGAACAUGGAUCAGUCUCAAGGUGCUUUAUAAGGAAAUACAAGCUGCUCCCUGGUGUGGACUUGCAGCACAUCAGCUCAUCUCUGUCUGGUGAAGGGGUUCUCUUAGUAGAAGCACCUCUACCAGGCUCAGCUACCACCAUCCUCCCCAGUGACAUGGUCAUCCCCAUUCAGAUCAAGCACGAGCAGGAGGGGAAAGAGUGAAUCCAGUUGUCCAGAUGUUGAGAUCCAUCACAAUUAGAUUAGAAGCGAAUGACAGUGUUGACAACUUUUGACAAAAAUGUGAUUGUGUAUUAGGUCUUGGUCAUUCAAAAUGACAGACAUAGUGGCUUCUAUUGCUGUUGAAACCCUAUAACUUAAUUUACUCUCACUGUAACCACAAGGUUGUCAGGUUUUUCUAUGCAUUUUGGUUAAUCAUGUUCCAUGAUUUAACUAGCAAAACCAAGAUAAACAGAAAUAAUCAAGACUGAUGAAAUGUACUUUCUCAUUUGUCAAAUGAUAGAUUAAUUGGGAGUAAAAGUUACCAUGCGUAGGGCUAGGCGUCCCGCUAGCGGGACAACUUCCGGUGAAUCUGGAGGGCGCGCAAUUCAAAUAAAUAAUCAUAAAAAUUAUGGAUAUUAAACAUUUAGG